AUGAAGAAGGAUUAAAUUUAUCUAAGCAAAUUCAUCAAUCUUGGCUUUGAUAAAACUGAUUACAUUUGUAUCAAUUAUUUACUUACUUACUAUUUCGGUAAUGUAUGAAUAAAAUAUUAAUUUGAUAGAUAUAGUUUGAGAUAAUUAUGAAGCGAGGAAUAGACUAAAUUAAAUUAAUAUGUAAAAUAAACCUUGAAUUCAUGAAGCUUUAUAUUAUAUAGUUGUUACAAUAUUCACUGUUAAAUAUGGUAAUAUAACGUUCUAGUUUUAAAUUGAAAAAUUUGCCUUUGUAAUAUUAAUUUAGAUAUCAAUUAUUAAGUUAAUGUUGCAUUGUUAAUUCAGUAGAUAUUCAAUACCAAGAGAUUUAUGAAGCAAUUCAAUAUAACUUAAAUAAAAAGACAAAAUUUUUGAAUAUCAGCAGAUCAUGCUUUUAUGGUUAAUUUAAAUUAAUUAUAAAUAAUAAUUUUUGUGAUAUAGAUAAUAAUUUAAAAAAAUCAGAGAAGGUUUUUCCUUAAAAUUACAGAUAUCUUUAAAUAAGAAUUAUUAAAUUUUUAAGUGAUUUAAUUGAAUGA